GGCUCGGCGGGCGGUGUCCGGACGCAGGUGCCGGCCGGAGCGGAGCUAGCGGCGCUGACGGGACCGGCCGGGCCGGGACCAGGGCCGGGGCGAGCGGAGGGGCCUGCGCGGCUGCCCGGCCCGGCCGCGGAUCAGGCUCUCCCCAGGCUCCUGGGACCAUGGGCCUUGGGCCCUGAGGACGUGGGGCUCCCUGUGGCCAUGACGACGGGUGACUGCUGUCACCUCCCUGGCUCCCUGUGUGACUGCUCUGACAGCCCUGCCUUCUCCAAGGUUGUGGAGGCCACGGGCCUUGGGCCACCCCAGUAUGUGGCCCAGGUGACUUCAAGGGACGGCCGGCUCCUCUCCACUGUCAUCCGGGCCUUGGACACGCCGAGUGAUGGUCCCUUCUGCCGGAUCUGCCACGAGGGAGCGAAUGGGGAGAGCUUGCUGUCUCCUUGUGGUUGCACUGGCACACUGGGCGCCGUGCACAAGAGCUGUCUGGAGAGGUGGCUUUCCUCAUCCAACACCAGCUACUGUGAGCUGUGCCACACGGAGUUUGCAGUGGAGAAGCGGCCCCGGCCCCUCACAGAGUGGCUGAAGGACCCUGGGCCUCGGACAGAGAAGCGGACGCUGUGCUGUGACAUGGUUUGCUUCCUGUUCAUCACACCGCUGGCUGCCAUCUCAGGCUGGCUGUGCCUGCGCGGGGCCCAGGACCACCUCCGGCUCCACAGCCGGCUGGAGGCCGUGGGACUCAUCGCCCUCACCAUCGCCCUCUUCACCAUCUAUGUCCUCUGGACACUGGUCUCAUUCCGCUACCAUUGCCAGCUGUACUCCGAAUGGAGAAGGACCAACCAGAAAGUGCGCCUGAAGAUCCGGACCUCCGAUGGCUCCGAGGGCACCCAACACUCCCCGCUGGCCGCUGGACUCCUGAAGAAAGUGGCAGAGGAGACACCUGUGUGAAGGCUGGGCUGGCAGGACCAGAGGCAGCUGGCAAUGCCCUGGAAUUUGGAAGGACAGCCACGGCCUGACCCUUCCUGCACGGCCAGAACGCUUCUUAGGCCAAGAGAUGCCAAGCAGAGCCGAUUCUGUGAUCCCGUGUGAAAACAGCGUCAGAUCAUCUUGCACUCUCUUGUACUUGAGGAGGAUGGAUGGAUGUGGUCUCGAGCUACGGAUGGACCAGGCACCCUGAUCUCAUUCUGAGGUCCACCUACUGGGCCAGCAGCUGUGGCCAGAGGCGAGCUGAGAGCACCUACUGGGCCGGGAGGUUCUGCAAGCUUCUUGCACUUUUCCGCACCUGGCAGGCUCACUUUCCUGGCACCCUUGACUUUAUAAAGUUGCACACCACAUUUCAAAAACCCACCCUGGAAUGAAUAAAAGGAGCCCUUGCUGGACAAAA